AUGACGCAAUGCCUAUCCCACUUCACUAAGACCCUUGCUGCAAUUCAUCCAAACAAAUUGUUCAAUAUUCCUAGCUGGAUUCCUGCGUUGUCUGACCCCGAAGUUCAAUUUGACCUUCACCCCCCAUCGUAUCAACAAGUCAAGAUUAUAAUACGCAGAACGAAGGCAUCUGGCUCUCCAUGUCCCCUUGAUCAGCUAUCUAUUAUAUGUUUUAAACGCUGUCCUUUCCUAAGAACAUAUUUAACUGACCUUAUUCGUGCCGUGUGGCUAUCUGGAACCAUCCCUUCCGAAUGGAAGAAAGCUUGCACAAUACUAAUCCAUAAAAAAGGCGAUACUAAUACCCCGUCCAAUUUCCGACCCAUCACACUGGAGACCAUACCAUUAAAAGUAUUCACUUCCUGCCUACGUAACGCUAUGUAUUCAUUCCUAACCGUUAAUAACUUUAUUGAACAUAAUAUUCAAAAAGGAUUCACACCUAACAUGUCUGGCAACUUAGAAAAUACUGCACAAAUGGCCAAUAUAAUCAAUAAAGCCCGAAUCAAACAACGCUCACUAGUCAUCACCCUACUUGACCUCAAGAAUGCUUUUGGUGAAGUUCAUCAUAAUCUGAUCACAUCCGUACUUGAUUACCACCAUAUCCCUGAACAUGUUAAAUUGAUAAUUAAAAGUCUAUAUACCGAUUUUAAAACUUCAAUAAUUACAUCUGAAUUCCGUACCCCCUUCAUACCAGUUCGCCGUGGAGUAUUGCAAGGUGAUUGCCUGAGUCCUCUUCUCUUCAACAUGUGUUUCAACACCUUUAUACAACACAUAAAAACAGAUAAAUAUCGUCAAUUCGGCUUCUCCUUACAGUUUCUAAAUCCCAUCCACUGGUUUCAGUUUGCUGAUGAUGCCGCCGUCAUAAGUAGUCAAGAAUCCGAAAAUCAACAUCUUCUAAACCGCUUCUCCAUUUGGUGCCAAUGGUCCAACAUGAUUAUUCGGGUUGAUAAAUGUAGCACCUUUGGUAUCAAAAAAGCUCUAACAAAAUCAAUCCAAUACUUGCCUAAACUACUUAUUAACAAGCAACUAAUUCCAAAGAUCAAUAUCGGUGAGGCUUUUCAAUACUUAGGAAGAUACUUUAGUUUUAAUAUGUCAGACGAACACCACAAGUCUGAACUAAUCUCACUCGUUGAAGAACUAAUGGCAGAUAUUGAUUCCAAACCAUUACAUCCAAAAAAUAAAAUCCUCCUCUACAGUCGAUAUCUUCUGUCCAAAUUAUCCUGGCAUUUUACAGUUUCUAGCGUAUCGAAAACGUGGGUCACCGAAAACAUUGAUUCCAAAGUCAACAGUUAUAUCCGUAAAUGGCUUGAUAUACCUAUAUCUGGAACGCUAAGCACUGUUUUCCUAACCCGCAACAAGUUUGGCCUCAGUAUUUGUCCCCCAUCUGUCAAAUUUAUUCAAUGUCAAACUGUUCUCCGUAAAGCCCUAAAAACAUCCCCAAACGAAGCAAUUAACGAUCUUUGGAAAGCAACUAGCAACAGCAAAAAUAUUCAGUAUGACGUUUAUAACUCCACUAAGCAAGUUCUUAAGGACUUUCGCUCUGGACAAGAGGAUAAACUGCAUACUCAAUUAACCUGUCAAGGCUCUUUCUUCACUAAUAUAACAAAGUUCUCACUGUCCCAACUCACUAAAAUUUGGUCUGCGUGCCAAUCGAACCUUCCGAAAAAUAUAUUCAACUUUACAGUUCGAUACAUCAAUAACUCCCUUCCAACGCGCCAAAACCUUGCAAGAUGGGGUUUAUCACCGACUUCAGACUGUUCGCGAUGUCUAGCUCCUGAGACACUUCUGCACGUAGUAGCUGGUUGCCAAUCGUAUCUAGAACGAUUCACGUGGAGACAUGACUCCGUUCUAAACUUUCUCGCAACAAGCCUGCAGACCGUAAGCGGCUCACAUCUUUACGUGGAUCUCCCAGGGUACAAAAGUCCAUCAAUCAUCACUGGUGACACCUACCGUCCAGAUUUGCUUCUUUCAACCUCAACCGGAACACUCUAUAUUGUUGAACUUACAGUUGGCUUCGAAUCAAAUCUUCAAAAAAACGUUGAGCGUAAAAAAUCAAAAUAUAAAGAAUUAAUUAGGGAACAAAAUGAACAUUUCAACUCAGUAAAAUUUGUAAAUCUUUCGAUUAGUUCUCUUGGUGUUUUCAGUAAAGAAUGUUCUACUUUCAUAGAAAUGCUUAAUGAUUUUGGUUUUCAAAAGCAACAUCAGAAUUACUGUAUUAGAAGAAUGACGACGAUUGCAAUCCGAACAACGUAUUAUAUAUUUUGUUGUCGAAACAAGGAAUGGAUGAAUCCGGAACUGUUAAGUGUUUAA